GUUCUAUCCUCCUUAUAAUCUUUAUGGCUCUCGAGCUUUAUAUCCCGCCUUGUAUUAGCAGUUCUGCUCACCCUCUCUAUCCCCUACCACCGGAGCAGCCUCUGAGAAUCCAGAUCGAAGGUCCAUUAGUAUCCAUCCAAAAACUUCUUCCGGAGAUAUUAUGGCAUACUAAUGCCGUAUCCCUAGUAUUUCUGCAGCCGGCCGGCCCGGGGCUUGCAGGAUUGGCAUAUCAGAAAAUAUAUGGGCGGAACGUCACAUUCGACCACCUCAUUAAUAUUAUUGAGAUAGAUAACGAUGGGGGAGUAUAUGCAAACGAGUACUUACCAUUUCCAGUAGAUCCGGUAGAAUAUAUAGGGAAGAAGGUACUAGCCGUGCCAAGAUGCUAUCAGAAGAGGAAGGGGAUACAAGAUUGUGAAAGGGUGAAUGGCUCGGUGGCUGAGAGGGAUAGAGAAAUGAAAGAGACCUAAUGCUAGCAAGGAGGAAAAAUUGGAAAUACUACUGCCU